CAGACCGACGAGCCGACAUUUCUGUGAGUUGUUGUUGAGGCUCGUCAACUACACACUGCAGAUAUUUUGCGCUUUCGAUUACACGGACACGUCUGGUGACCGGCGGAUGAAUGGCGAGAGCGGUGGUGGCAGCGGCGGGGCCGAAGUCUCUGUCCCGGUUUAGAGGCGCUCUGGUCGCGGCCGUGCUGGGCGACUGUGUCGGCGGAGAGUUCGAGGGAGUUGAGGAGGUUCCCAUAGAAAAUGUACUGCAGCACAUGAACAGUCUGGACGACGAGACCAAAGGAAAUGGUAUCCUUGAAUACAGUGACGACACAGCUAUGGCACGUUGUGUGGUCCAGUCUCUGCUCACCCGGGCUGGCUUUGAUGAGCACGACAUGGCUCGCAGGUUUGCAAAGGAGUACAGUGUAUCCCCCGGUCGAGGCUAUGGUUCUGGAGUGAUCCAGGUGUUAAAGAAGCUGGCGUCCCCUCACCUCACUGAUGUGUACCAGCCAGCCAGGGAUCAGUUUAAUGGUCGCGGUUCUUUUGGGAAUGGAGGCGCGAUGAGGGUGGCCCCCUUUGCGUUGGCCUUCUCUGAUCCAGCUGAUGUUAAAAAGUUUGCUCGUCUGGGUGCUAUGCUGACUCACUCUUGCUCCCUUGGCUAUAAUGGGGCAGUGCUACAAGCAUUAGCGGUCCACCUUGCCCUACAGGGUGCAUUGGACCUCCCCCAGACAUUCAUCGACACACUCAUCACAGAGAUGGAGGAAGUAGAGGCUGAUGAGGUGUCACGGAAUGACGCCAGAAUUCUGAAGGAAGCAGAGAAGCCAUUCUGUAACCGGCUUCAUCGAGUCAGAGAUUUGAUGGACACAAGCAAGGUCACCAUAGAGGAGGUCAUUUCUGAGCUGGGUAAUGGCAUUGCAGCACUCCAGUCAGUACCAACUGCUAUCUUCUGCGUUCUCCAUUGCCUGCAACCGAGGGAAUACCUUCCAGAGAACUACGGUGGCCUGGAGCGGACAAUAGCCUACAGUUUGGCACUGGGAGGGGACACAGACACCAUAGCCUGCAUGGCUGGGGCAAUCGCUGGAGCCCACUAUGGCAUCGAGGUCAUCCCUCCGCCGUGGAUCCGCUGCUGUGAGGGGGCAGAUGAUGCAGAUGUGAAUGCAGAGCGGCUUCACAUGCUUUACCAUCAGGUAUCCCAGGGGAGCGGGACACAAGCAAGUGAUCAGAGCAGCGACGACACAUCUGACAACCAUCAAAAGUCUUCAAACGGCACAGAGAAGUAAACCACAAGCAAAAGGUUACAUACAUUUUUCAGACAGAACUGUUUUCUCCUCUGCUUGUCACCUCAGAAACUUUGAUGAAGGGAAAAUAUAAUUUUUAUUUGGAAAAAUCGCAAAUGUUCUUCAAUAUUGUAUCAGGAUAAAAAAAAAAAAGAUUAAGGACAUUAAAGAGACAUGCACUUUUUCUCAUAAAUGAAAACUGUUCCCAGGUGCCUCGGACAUUCUUCUGUCAAAACACACAAAGGAACGAUUUAUAGCACACUCAACAUGCACUUGCAACACUCCGCUUUAAAUUACCGUAAUUUCUCUGUUAUAAUACACAUUUUUCCUUAUAAAUUAAUCAAAAGUCGAAAGAGCGUAUUAUACAUGGGUAUAGGGAAAAUUUACUUUUUUUCCCCACAUUGUAUAACAUAUACCGUUACCUAGGGAUUGUGAAAAAUGUGUACUUUUAUUCCGAUAUUUAGUCUUCAAUCCUUAAACUCUAUAUGCUGGUACUGAGUGUAUGGUAUUACACCUUUAACUUUAAAAUUUGAUACAACAAAAUCAGCAUUUGCUAAACGGUUAGCAUCCGCGAUUAGCAUUAGCGUGCUACCAAUUACCAUUUUAGGUAAGAAAAAACACUAACUGCCAUUCAGUUCACUCAUACAUCAUAUGUACAUUAAACAUCUAGUAGUGUCUUAAAAAUCACUGACCGAUGCUCCUCUGUCUAUAUAUAUAGAGAGAGAGAGAGAGAGAGAGAGAGAGAGAGAGAGACACAGACACACGCGCAUCUCGGAUCGGGACUCUGUAUCGGCACAUGCUUAAAUUCAAAGACUCAAGAAACAAAACAUCCCAAUUCAUAAACUUGUACUGUAUAAUGAGACCGUGCAAAAUCUUAAAAGUUUUCCAAUUUUACACCCAGGGAGUUGGUAACAAGGGUCCAUUAAUUUAAUCUUCCACUUGAAUCUGUUAUUUUCAACCUUGCUUACUGGUAGAAUCUCGUUUGCGGUAAAAAUAGUUUUUUGUUUUUGGCUGGGGUGUUUCUUGACCGACUUUUCAAAACCAAAAUAACUCCACACUGCAGACCUUUUGGGGCCUUUCUUGUCCACAGUGUCAUCAGUUGAGCCUCCUGUCUUCCGAGGGAACACUCAUUUUCUUUUCUUUUUUAGUGCUCUCUCACUGCUGAGGCGCUGGCUAGCAGUGGGCUACAAACAUUAGUGCCUGUUGCGUGUCACUGCUAAUGUGCCGUGUGCUUCAACCUAACUUGCCAUGGUUCUAUUGGUUCAGUGCAGAGCAACUUGCAUUAUCAUUUGCUGUUCGUCUUGUCUGUCAAAACAUGGACAAAUGUUUUGACCGCGUGUCAAACGUUUAUCAAGGUAUGCAUCGUUAUCGUUUUAUUACCGCCCAGCCCUAAUGAAGAGAUAUUUUGAUGGACCGUUGUAGCCGCUAAACAGCAAGACUGAGAACCCCUUGGAGCACGCCACCUCAUAGUCGGUGGACCCUCCGAGCUUUACCCAGAAAAGCGCAUUCUGUUUCGGCCAUCUUGUUUCAGCGACAAAAGCCGAAAAUAGCUUGAAAAUGCAUUUUAUGUGCGUAUUACCCGUAAGCGUAUUAUCCACGAGAAAUUACGGUACUUGUUUUGGGGAGCAGUUCUGCCUCAGGCAAAUUUUGGACUUCAUUACCAUAAUGACUGGGGGCGGAGCUAAGGUGUUGUGACUAUGCGAGCGGCUUUAGGUUCUCAAACAGACCAUAGGACUGAGAAAGGUGAGCGGACAGAAAAUUUUUCCCUUGUGGCGGAAUCACCAAACCGGCAAAUUAAACUUUUCAAUAAGUGUCAUCGUUCUGGACAUGUGGUGAAUGCAUCGGACACAUCACUAAACCCCCUAGUCAACAAGUUUGCCGAACAUUUGCGUUUAUGCCGGUUACCAGACAGUAAAGCUGUUAGCUAAUGCUAAUCAGUGCUACGAAAGCAGCACUGCUUACCUUUUGGUAGUGCUGAUAACGCUGUUGAGUUCGGUGCCCAGACUCUGCUCAUCAUUUGAAAAUGCUGGAUUUUUUCCCCCAGCCUAGCUGUCAAGUCAUAGGUGGAGAAACUUGGUGUGGAGGUGGUUAUUAUGUAUUUGGUUGUUUAAUUUAAUUCUUGGUGGGUGGGCAGACCCAACUACUGUAUUUGUGUAGAAACAAUUAAAGUCAACUGCCUCACAAUUCUGAGGACCCGGGUUCCAAUCCGGCCUCAUCUGUGUGGAGUUUGCGUGUUCUUCCCGUGCCUGGGUGGAUUUUCUCCGGGCACUCCGGUUUCCUCCCACAUCCCCAAAACAUGCACGGUAUAGGUUGAUUGACAACUCUGGAUUGUCCACAGGUGUGCAUGUGAGUGCGAAUGGUUGUUUUUUUUAUGUGCCCUGCGAUUGGCUGGCAACCAGUUCAGGGUGUACCCCGCCUCUCACGCAAAGUCAGCUGAGAUAGGCGCCAGUGCACCCCAAACUUCGUGAGGUUAAGUGGUUCAGAAAAUGGAUGAAUGGAUAAAAUCUGUCAGUUACAAUGACAGCCAUGCAGAGAUGUGGAUUGCAGAUCUAAGUAACAAAUACAAGGAAUAUGAAAAGUAUACACACCCUUGGUCUAAUGCGAGGUUUUUGGACACAUUAAAUGUUUCUUCCCCCCCCCCCAUUUAAUGUGUCCAAUAACUUCUACAACUAAAUUGAAAUCGAGGAAAUCUUUUUAAGAGGAGAAAUAGAAAUUAAUAGCUGAGCUAAUGUGUUUGCAGAAGUAUGCAGACCCUCAUAACUGGGGAUGUGGCAGUGUUAACCUUUGACCAAUCACAUUCAAAUGCAUGUUAAGUGAGAGUCAGCACACACCUGCCUCCAUUUAAAGUGCCUCUGAUUAACCCCAAAUAAGGUUCACAAGUGAUGGUCAGCACAGAGCAUCCAUAGCAUCUGAGGUAUUUCAUUGUUCAAAGGUAUCAGGAUACAAGGCAAUAAAUAUACCAUGGAACAGUGAAAACAGCCAUCACAUGGUGAAAAUAUUGCACAACAGUGACAUGACCAAGAACUCACCAUCCCGCCAAAAUUGUUGAAAAGAUAAGAAGAAAACUGGUCAGGGAGGGUUCCAAGAGACAGCACCAUUAAAAGAGCUGCAGCAAUUUAUGGCAAGUCCUGACGAUAUAAUACAUGAGACAACAAUCUCCCAUCUUUCAGUUUUAUUUCUGGGCUACGGGGGAGGGAGGCAGCAAAAUGGCAGCCUUUUCUUACAAAGUAAGAAAAAACAAAAUCUCCCAAACGCAUGCGGGAAAAUGUGUUAUGAUCUGAUGAAACCAAGCUUAAUUUUUUUAUUUUUUUUUUACCACAAAGAAAUUCCAAAAGGUAUGUUUGCCACCAACACUCCACUGCUCAUCACUGGGGGAAAAACACCCUAUCUACAGUGAACCAUGGUGGUGGAAGAAUCAUGCUUUGGGGCUUUUUUUCUGAAGAUGGAACUGAGGCCUUAGUCAGGGUGGCGGGAAAUAGGAACCAUUCCAAAUACCAGUCAGUGUUGGGACAAAACCUUCAGGCUUCUAAUAGAAAACGAAACUAAAAAUGUCAGGAAAACCUUACUAGAACAUCUGAACUUUAUUUGGAGUUAUUCAGGCAUGUUAAAUGGUGGCAGGUGUGUGUUGACAUGAGUCACAUUGUGAUUGGUCAAUUCUAAACACACACACAUUUAUGUAUGCGUGUAUGUACUGUAUGUAUGUUUUUGUGUAGACUUUAUAUCCUCUGUUUAUGAUAUAUUCUAUCCCUGUUCUUCCCUGUUUCAUGUCGAACAAUACUUUGUCAUUAUUUGAAAGUUGCACAAUGACUUGUUCAUGCUUUUCAUUGGGUCAUUUUGGUGAAUAACCAUUAUUUAAUAAAAAUGUUAAACAUU